AUGGACGCCAGUGCGGCGUCGGCGGCGGGCGCGAGGGGCGUGGCGGCGCUCCUCGUCGCCGCCCUCCUGCUCGGCGCCCCCGUCUCCGCGUCGGCCGCGUCCUCGUACCCCGCAAAGGUUCUGGGCGGGCUCCUGACCAGCACGGCGACGGCGGUGGCCAAGAAGCUCUGGUCGCUCAAAUCGACCGCCAGGACGGCGACGGCGGCGGCGGCGGCGGCGUCCGGGAGGUCGAUGGUGAAGUACGAGGGCGGGUACGCGGUGGAGACGGUGUUCGACGGCAGCAAUCUGGGGAUCGAGCCGCACUCCGUCGAGCUCACCCCCGCCGGCGACCUGCUCCUGCUCGACUCCAUGAACAGCAACCUCUACAGGGUCCAGCUGCCGCUGUCCCGAUAUAGCAGGCCGAAGCUUGUCGCUGGUUCGCUUGAAGGAUUAUCUGGUCAUGUUGAUGGGAGGCUCCGAGAGGCCAAGCUGAACCACCCUAAGGGAUUUACAGUUGAUGACAGGGGCAACAUUUAUGUUGCAGACGCUAUGAACAUGGCAAUAAGAAAGAUCAGUGAUACAGGGGUCACAACCAUUGCUGGGGGGAAAUCAAUGAGAGGUGGGCACAUGGAUGGACCCAGCGACGAUGCAAAAUUUUCAACCGAUUUUGAAAUCCGCUAUAUCAGCAGUAGCUGCUCCCUCUUGGUCAUUGACAGAGGAAACCAAGCAAUUCGGGAGAUCCCACUCCAGCCUGAUGACUGUGAAUAUCAGGAUGAAGCUGGUUUCCCUCUAGGUGUUGCCUUGCUUUUUGCUGCUGGUUUCUUUGGUUACAUGCUUGCGUUGCUCCAGCGCCGUGUUUUAGGAAUGGUCUCAGCAACAGAGGAACCUCAGAUGCCUCCAAGACCAAGCAAUGCAAGCAUCCCUCCGUAUCAGCCAUACCAACCAUACCAGCAGCCAUUCAAGCCUUCGUUUCGCCCGCCGCUGAUCCCGAAUGAAGACGAAGCUGGGAAACAUGAAGCUGAAGAGGGAUUCUUCACCUCAGUGGGCAAGCUCAUGGGAGGAGCAAAAUCAUCCGUGGCAGACAUGUUCUCCCGAAAGAAGCGCCCGGCAAGACAGCACCAUCAGCACCACCAGCAGCCAAGAGGUAGCCAUUGGCCAGUGCAAGAAAGCUACGCCAUCCCGCACGAGGAGACGCCUCCGCCGCUGGACUCGAGAGGGCCAACCCCUCAGAAGAACUACGGCUUUGUGACGACGGAGCCUGAGAAGGCUCACCACGUCCGGCACGGGCAGCCCUAUCUCGGCGGCUGGGAUGCACGCGGCCCUCAUCAUCAGCAGCAAGUGUAUCCCCACCACCAGCAACAGCAGCAGCACAGACAGCAGCUGGAGCAGCAGGUGUACCGGCAGCAGCAGCAGCACAGGCAGCCGCCGGAGCAGCAGGCGUACCACCUGCAGCAGCACCAGCACCAGCAGAGGCGGCAGCCGGAGCAGCAGAUGUACCAGCUGCAGCAGCACAGGCAGUACUCCUCCGGGCCGCAGACGUUCUACGAGCAGAGCUGCGAGACGACGAACGAGGUGGUGUUCGGCGCGGUGCAGGAGGUGGACAGCAAGCGGCGCAUGGUGGAGAUCAAGGCGGUGAACUACGGCGACACCUUCUACGAGCAGUACGGGAUGCGCUACCGCAACAACUACAUCGGCUACAACAGCAACAACUACUGA